UGUGGUGCAUGCUAACAAAUUCGUUAAUUAUCAAGUAGGUAAUAAACAUGAUGAGCACCCAAGCGAGGCCUUUUCAGCGGCUACCUGGCAAUGUCAAACCCAUUAACUACAAGACCGAAAUCGAACCCGACAUAGAUACCUUUACUUUCAAUGGUAAACAAGACAUCACUGUUGAGAUCUUGGAAACUACCAAUUCAGUUACCUUCAACUGUAAUGAAAUCGAUAUCAAGUCAGUUGUUUACGUCAACAGUGGUGGUAAAAAUGUUGAGUCCUCAUCCGUCAACGUUGAUGAACAAAACGAGGUGGUCACUGUUACUUUUCCAGAAAGUUUACCCAUUGGAGGAACUGGUGUUCUCCGCAUGGAAUUUCAGGGACACAUUAAUGAUAAGUUGAGGGGUUUCUAUCGCAGUAAAUACACUAGUAUUGAUGGAACUGAAAAAUAUGCAGCAGUCACACAAUUUGAAGCCACAGAUGCACGAAGAUGUUUUCCCUGUUGGGAUGAACCUGCCUUGAGAGCCACAUUUGAUAUUACAUUAGUUGUACCAAAAGAUUUACUGGCCUUAUCAAAUAUGCCUGUCAAAUCGAGCACACCAGUUGCCUCAUCAAAUAAGAUUUGUCAUGUAUUUGACACUACACCAAUAAUGUCAACAUAUUUAGUGGCCAUGAUUGUUGGAGAGUUUGAUUACAUCCAAGAAUACGAUUCAGAUGGUGUUUGUGUGCGAGUAUACACUCCAAAAGGAAAAACCGAACAAGGUGUAUUUGCUCUUCAUGUAGCCUCCAAAGUACUUCCUUACUGCAAGUCAUACUUUGGAAUACCAUAUCCAUUGCCGAAAAUGGAUUUGAUCGCGAUUCCAGAUUUCGCAGCUGGAGCUAUGGAGAAUUGGGGAUUAGUUACUUACCGUGAAACUCGUCUUCUUGUUGAUCCUGACAAUACUUCAGCAGUCUCCCGGCAGCAUGUGGCCUUAUCCAUUAGCCACGAGCUAGCUCACCAAUGGUUUGGUAAUCUUGUUACCAUGGAAUGGUGGACACACUUGUGGCUGAAGGAAGGGUAUGCUUCAUUCCUUGAGUUUUUGUGUGUGGACCUUCUCUUUCCAGAAUACGACAUUUGGACGCAAUUCGUCACCGACAUGUACACCACAGCAUUAGAAUUGGAUGCUCUUAAGAAUAGUCAUGCCAUUGAAGUGCCAGUUGGCCAUCCCGAUGAAAUAGAUGAAAUUUUCGAUGACAUUUCGUAUAAUAAAGGUGCAUGCGUCAUUAGAAUGUUGCACUCUUAUAUUGGGGAUGAUUGUUUCAGAAAGGGCAUGGCUCUUUAUUUGAAGAGACACAUGUAUGCUCAUGCCAAAACAGAAGAUUUGUGGCUUGCUCUUGAAGAAAGUAGCAACAAGUCAAUUCGCCAUGUGAUGUCAAGUUGGACAAAGCAGCAAGGUUUUCCCCUUCUCACAGUCUCCGAAAAAUCCUGUGAUGGAAAUAAACGGGUACUGAGCAUUUCACAAGAAAGGUUUUUAGCAGACGGCUCUGUAGAUGCAAAUAACAGCUUGUGGGUCAUUCCCAUAGCAAUAAGCUGUUCUGACAAUCCGGACAAAGUUAUAAAGAAUGAAAUCAUGGAGACUAAGACAAAGGACAUAGAAAUUGAAGGUGUAGCUCAAAGUGCCUGGAUUAAGGUGAAUCCUGGAGCAGUUGGCGUGUACAGAACGCUGUACAGUAAUCAAUUGCUGGAAAGCUUAUUGCCUGCCAUUGAAAAUCAAAGUCUACCACCUUUGGAUCGUCUUAAUUUAUUGAAUGACUUGUUUGCAUUGUCACAGGCCGGAAAAGUUUCAUCUAGUCAAAUACUAAAACUGUUAAAAGCAUUUAAAAGUGAAAACAAUUGUACAGUGUGGACCAGUAUUAGAAAUUGUUUAAGCAAAUUUAGCGUUCUUUUGGCCCAUUUAGAUGUUUACUCAAAGUACAAAUCGUUUGGAAGAUCACUUCUACAGGAUAUUCAUGAUUAUUUAGGAUGGGAUACAAAGGACAAUGAAAACCAUUUGGAUACCUUACUUAGAUCUCUAGUUCUAGGCCGCUUAGUGGCUUUUGAAGAUGAAGCUGUCAUAGCGGAAGCCAAUCGACGCUUUGAAGCUCACAUCUUUGGCAAAGCUAUUUUACCUGCCGAUCUUCGAAAUUGUGUUUACAGGGCGGUAUUCGCUAGUGGAGGCCCUGACAUGUUUGAAACGUUUGUGAAGUUGUAUCACGAAGCCGACUUGCACGAAGAAAAGGUCAGAAUUCUUUGUGCCCUCGGCGCGACGAACGACAAGGAUAUGCUAAAACGCGUACUUGAGUUCUCGAUAAGCGACGAGGUAAAACAUCAGGACAUGCCAAUGGUUAUAAUGUCUGUUUCAAGCUCCUAUGAAGGCCGUGUUAUCGCGUGGAAGUUUUUGAAGGAAAACUAUAGCCUAUUGACCGAGCGCUACAAGAGCAUUUCCCUGCUCGCGGCAAUCGUCAAGUGCACCUCCGAAAAAUUUGCCGAAGAGAGCUAUGCUCAAGAAAUCGAGCAAUUUUUCAAAGCCAACCCUACCAAGGGAAUUGAAAGAACUGUGCAGCAGAGUAUCGAGAACAUUAAACUGAAUGUUGCUUGGUUGAAAAGAGACGAGAAGGCUAUACGCGAUUUUUUAGAUAAUAUUGAUUAGAGACUUUUGGAAUGUUGAAUGUUGGAACUUUUUAUCAUUUAUGAGAAUUUUGAUGAGUCGAAAAAUUUUAUCAUCUAAAAACAUUUGCAUUGGAUAACUUGAACGAAAAUUUUUAAAAGACUGUAGAUUUUUUUUUAGAUUGCCGUAAUUAAGUCAAUUUUAUAUUGAGCAUAAACAACUAAGAACUAGCACAAACGAAUCAGUAGAACUCAAACAAAAUGUUGGUACUUGUAUGGAAACUCGACAAAUGUUUUAUUCAUACACAAUCGUUCAUUGAAGCCAUGCCAUGAUAUACUACGCGAGGUGUCCUACUGUUGGAAUAACAACAUUAAUUAUACCAUUUGAAAUGACUGAAAAAAAUCAGAGCAAAAAGUGCAACAUUUAUGGAUGUGAUUUUGUAUACUUUUGUGAUCAAAACAAAUUAAAUUUAAUGAUCUGUAUUGAUACUUUUUAACAAGCAAAUUUGUAAACUGGUACAUAAAGAGUGCAGCCGGUGUUCGAAGUUAUUAGUACCAACGUUAAACGAUUCAUUUGUUCCUAAAAAUGUUUGUAUUCAGUGAGUGAGAGAUGACUAGUAUUUUCAUAAACUUAGUGUGUUGAAAAAGCAUUUCCUUCAAAAGAAAUUUUUUG